GUGUGAUUCAUUAGCUCAGAACUGGUGUCGGUUUGGGGUUUUCAACAAAAGAGUGAUUUGGUUGCGGUUUCAUCGCACCUUCCGUAGUAUCAACUGGUAGUGUAUGCAAAGCGAGUUUCUUUUCUUUACUGCUAAAACAUUUGAUAGGGAAAAUAAUGCACCUGUUAGUCUUAAACGGAUAAAGAAUAUAGCUAUAGGUAUUCGGUGUUGCCCUAGAAAGGUUUCAUGUUUCAUUAACACGAAGUUCAUUUUUAGUAAAAGUGUUAAUAUUCUAGCAUUAUCAUAUGUGGUUCCAGGUGGACAGACAUACAAAAUGGAAUCAAAAGCAUCUGUUGCUGCAGUGAAACCGUUGUUAUUAGCGAUCUUGUUGGUGUGCUCUUACACCCUCAUCGAAGCAACAGCAAAUGUCAACGAUGAGAGUUCUAACUCCCUCAACAAAACUAAUAUGCUACCAGUUACCAUCUACUACGAAGCACUCUGCAGUGACAGCAUGGUUUUCAUUACCAAUCAGCUGUACCCGUUCUGGUUGCGCCAUGAAAAAGAAAUGAAACUACGCUUGGUACCAUUUGGAAAGGCCUGGGUCGAGGAGCAGCCAAACGAACCGCCCAAAUUUCAUUGCCAGCACGGGGCACGAGAAUGUCAACUGAACAUUUUGCACGGUUGCAUUCUUCAAAAGUUGCCUCCCAAAAAGGCAUUUACUGUAGUGGCAUGCCUCAUGAAGAACUUCCGUACGGACUUUGAGCAGUGUAUCGAAGGACAUGAAUCGUUCAGAAGCGUCGUUGUUAAUUGCAGCCAAGGGCCACAGGGAGGAAAGUUGUUCAAAAAGUUUGCCAAUGAAACAGACGCCGUGCACCGGCCGCUGCCAUUCGUACCUACCAUCGUUGGCGAUCAGCCGUACGACUUUUACGAACAGGACGAUUGGUUGCAGCAUUUCGAAAGAAAAUUUACGGAGCGGUAUGAAGCCAAGUUUGGUGUCAAAUUAUAAUGCGUCACUUAGAACUAAGCGUAGGUUUCCGUCGCUCUAGUGUAACAAGUUUGUACUUUUUUAUCAGUUUUGGAGAUAUUUGAAC